AUGAAAAUUGUGUUUAUUUUAUACUAUUUUGUUAAUUUCAUAUCAACGGAUACUGAUUGGAAAACUUUUAUUGAGCAAGAAAAGCAAAAGAUUUUCGAUGGUUUGGGAAUAUUAGAAGCUCCAGAAUAUCAUAAAAUAAAAGAAAUUGAAAAACAACAAUUUAGCAAAUUGUUGAGAAAUCAUGGUAUUAAAAAACGGAAUUCUCAAACCUGUGACGAGUAUAAUUGCUGUGUGACCGCACGAAAAGUUACAUUUGAAGAGAUUGGUUUGGAAUGGAUUAUUUCUCCAUCCUCAUAUUUGGCGCAAGAAUGUGAAGGACCGUGUUCAAUUAAGAAUUUGAACUAUACUCCUCCUCUAAAAACUUACCUACGAAUUUUACAUAAAAAGUCAUGUUGUGUUCCAUAUGAAUUUGAAGAUAUGAAUGUCGUAAUCAUGAACGGGUCUCGACCUCAAUUCAAGCAAAUCAAGGAUCUUCUUGCAACAAAAUGUAGAUGUGUUUAG